AUUUUUAAAAUUAUUACACGAUUUUUUAGUUGGUAACUUUACUACAAUUUACGAAUAUGAGGGAAUUGACAAUUCCACCUCAAUUGUGAAAUUCCUUGCUGCAACUCUCCUCCGUACUCUCUCGGAGCUCGAUCUCUCUCUCUCUGGUCGUGGCUGUUUGUCUGCUUCCCGUAUUCCUUCGACUACUUCGUCUUCGCCUGUUCUUCUGCUUUCUUGGCGGCAAACUCCUCCAAGCGUUUUCACUUUUGCUUACUAUCAAACGAUAUCAUUUUUUUACCUCCAGUUCUCUAAAGAAAUGAAUUCUAGUCUAGUCUAUGCAAGAGGUUUGGGCCGCAAGACAAAGGGAAAAAGAAAGAUGGAAGAAAGCAAUAUUUGGGUUAAGAAAGAGGAUGCAAGAGCUUACUUCACGUGGAAUUUGGACAUGGAGCGUGUAUUAGCUGAGGCACUUAGAGAUCAAAGAAGUAUGGGCCGCCAGACUAACGGAAUUUGGAAAACAGAAGCAUACAAAGCUGCAGCUGAUGUGUUGUCUACACGUUUUAAUGUUCAGCUUAUCGGAGAGAAUGUGAAAAACCGCGUCAAACUUUGGCGAAGAUGGUAUGGGAUAGUUAAUGAUAUUCUCAGUCAAAAUGGAUUUGGUUGGGAUGGCACAAACUGUAUGAUUACCGUCGAAGAUGAAAAUGCAUGGAAUGAAUAUGUCAAGUCUCAUGAAGAAGCCAAACGAUUCCGAUUUAAGAUCAUUCUAAAUUGGAAUGACAUUGUAGAUAUAUGUGCUAAAGACAAAGCAAGUGGAAUUCAAGUUGAACGUGCAGUUGAUGUGGAUGAUGUCACGAGCAAAGAAGCAAAUGUAGAUGAAGAUGAAGAAGGUUCCAAUGAGUAUAUUGAUUUAGAGAAACCAAGUUCUGCAACAAAGAAAAAAGUACAAUGUACUUGUGCUAAUAAGGGCAGAGACAAAGAGGGGAUGAUCGACUCUAUGAGAGAAGUUGCUGAGAUAUUGAAAGACUUUGUGCAAAUUAGUAAAAAAAGGAUGGAAGGAAAUACUCCAAAAGAGGUGCAAGAAGUGUUGAAUGAAAUGGAGAUGAUUAUUGAUAUUGACGACACACUACGCUAUAAAGCAAUCAAUUGGUUGAUUGACAAUCCAAACAAAAUAGCGAUUCUCAAAGCUCUUCCGUUGAGUGAGAAAAAAAAGUAUCUAAUGGCUUCUAUGUUUUGAGACUGAGUUGACGAUUGAAGGAUGAUACCCUGAGUUGGACUCUAGUUAUGUUAUGUUUGUGUAUACCACAUUUGUUGUGGGAAUUAUUACACCAUUUUUUUUUUAAUGUUAUCUUAGUAUUUUUCUUCUUACCGUGACUUGACCCUAGAUUUUAACUCCUUUAAUCCUUUAUAUCAAAUCAAAUGAGAUAACCCCCAAUUUUAGUUGUA